UAUAAUGAAAACAUUAUGGCAAAAGCAGUAAAAUGUUUAUCCGUCCCAUCUUAAAAAUAUGUAAAUAUAAAUAUUUAAAACGAUAUUUUUUUGAGUACUUAUUUUGACCAUAAAUAAGACGCGACAAGAUGUUUGGAUCGAUUCGUGAUAAGUUCCAAUCUAUGCAGGAGGGACUUUCUGCAAGUAUACGAGGUCUGUCACUUGCUGAAGCAUCCGUGAAGCCUAAAAAGUCAGUCAAUGUAAGAAAUGUCAAUUAUGAUGCUGGUGCAGAUGUGUUGUAUCAUUUUCAAAUGGAAUGGAACAAUUUACAUGAGCUUGCGGAGGACAAUGCACAAAAAGCUCAAGAAGCUGAUGCUUUGAUAUCUUCCAUUCAUGAAAAACUUGAUGCGCAACAGAAUAAUAUUACAGUAUUAAACGAUAGCUUACAAUCAAUACCACAGAUAAAUAGUACUUUGCAAAGUCUAAUGGACCAAAUUGGUGGUUUACAAGAAAUGUUUGAAGAAGCUGAGAACGCACUUUUUGAAUUACAAGAUUUACAGGAGAUUUUAGAUUUACAGAACAAUCAAUUAGAUCAUAGGUUUCAAUUAGCUUUAUACAAAGAAAAAAAGUUGUCAGAACUAAAACACAUUAGAGAAAAGUUAUCUCAAGAACAUUCCGAAAAAGUGUUCAGGCACGAAAAGCAACAAGAAAGAUUAUUGAAGGAGAGACAAGAAACCUUUGAAGAAGCCUUUAAAGAAGAAAUAAAAGAAUACAAAAAAACAGGUUCAAUUCCAAUUAAGGAAAAGUCAUCGAAAAUGGAAAAAGAGCUAAACUUAGAGGAUGUAGUUUUAGAUACAGAUACAGCUGACUAUGAAGAAUUUAUAAAUGAAUAAUAUAUAUAUCUUGGGCAAUAAUCUAAACAUCAAUUUCGAUGAGAAUUUAUUUUUUUAAGUUAUUAGUUGUAUCGAAAAGUUUAUAUAUAAUUCAGUCGUCACGACUGCGGGGACCAAAAGUUUUGUGCAAGGCCGUCAUAAAACUUGUCCAAUACACCACGUUUGUUAGAUGAUUCAGAUCAUUGAUGUAUAUAUAUUAUAUAUGUAUUAUGCGUUUAAAAGCUAUUUACGAAUCUUUUGUACAAAUGCUAUUAUACAAUUUGGCUUGAUUACAUAAAGGGCUUACUCAUC